AUGAAGUGCUUGCAAGUCUGGCCAAAGUUAAUUGGAUGCCUCCAUUCCUUUGGCUGGGGUGGUUCAUUUCAUAUGAGGUGGCUUACGUGGUUCUUGCACUACUAUGGGCAAAGUUUGGGAACCCAGCCUUCUAUAAGUGAGGAAGUUGAGUGUUGUAAGGGCGUCGUAUUGGUGUAUGUCACAUUUAUGACCUUACUGAUUGAAGGGAGAAGUGGAGGAUAG